UUCAUUAUGUUGGCUCUUAUUUAAUAUUUUGCUUCAGAAAACUUGCUAAUCUUUCUGACUUUAUUGAAAUCAUAAUUUGCAUUUUCUUGUAUUAUGGAUAUAUGCACCCGUUGCAUCAAACAUCAAACUAACCGUUUGUAAUUCCGCUGUAGAAAAGGUGGGAAUAUACGAUAUGAUGAUUCAAAAACUUGUUUUACAAUGACUGCUCGUUGAGGUAAGUUAAUAUGUUAUUUAACAAAUGUUAUUAACCAAUUCUUUCUACAGAUUAUAAAAAGAAUUGAAAUAAAAUUAUAAAUUUCUACAAUCACUGUCUAUAAGCCUUACUGUUGUUAUUGCCAUUGCUAAAUUCAUAUUUUCUUUUCUAUUUGGAAAUAAAAACUGUUACUUUCCUGUAGUUUAUUAACUCUCAUGUUUAUUUCAGGUAAACAAACAUCACAAUAUUACUGGUUGAAUACUUUUCAAUUUAAAAAGUUGCAAAUAUUUGAAGGAAAUUAUUUGUUAAACUAGCAGUUGCUAACUUGACCAAAUAAACCAGCGUAUGAUAAUGAUAGAAAUACCAUUACGGUACGUAAAAAGUCGCUAUAAAAGGUUCUUUAUAUUAUUAUGUAUAAAUUUAAAUAUACAUGUACAUUGUAUUCAUGUAUGUUCGAGUGAAACUGAAUAGACUGCAGAGAAAAGAAACUGGAAAUAUUUUCAAUGUAUAUGUCAAAAUUACUUGAUGUUACAAACUGUUAUUCUUAAUAACAUGGUGUUCCUUAUGAAAAUCUUAAAGCAAUCAACGUUUCCUGACAAUAUUUUGUUUUUCUUCCUAGUGUACAUUUAGUUAUCAAUAAUAUUAUAUAUUUGUCUGUAUCUAUUGGAUUAUUUGCGGAUAUACCGAGAUGUAUUAUGGAGAUAUCAAACCAGCAUAAGAAGAAAAUCACGUCAGCAAAUUCUAACAUCGGAGAAAUGCAUAGAAAAAUACACGAAGCAGGCCAUGGUGGAAGAACUCCAAUUACUAAUAGGCAGCAGCAACGUGCAAGUGCCAAACAAAAGACAAAUAUAAAGGGGGCUGGAAAGGUGUCAAAAGAAACAUCGCUUUAUAUGAGUAGAACAUCUCCACUCGUCAGGACUGGAUCAACACCAGUGUCUUUGACUUCUGUUGUUGCAAUGACAGAGUCAUCUACGCCUAUAGAGAAUGCCAUUCCUGAUGAAAAACUUGGAAUUCGCAAUGCAUGUAGAAAACCUCCAGUGACUUGUAUUCAACGAGAAUUUACGUUCACUGGCUACGAUAUCAUGUCUGACAUUGAACCAAAAAAAGAAGUGAAAGAAAGCGCAAAUCAGAAAGUAGAACGGGAAAAUGUUGAAUGUUACUUAACAGCCUGUAAACGGUUAAGGGUACCUCCAUCCUCAUUCAUUUCACGGCAUAUCAAUGACAAAGACUUGGUGAUGAAAAGUCAUCCAUUAGGACCAAAGGGAGUGAGAGCUCUGUGUGUUGCUCUCGUGGAUAAUCAUCGCGUGCAGAUGCUCAAUCUAGAAGACAACGAUAUAGGCAGUGAAGGUGCAGAGUGUAUUGCUGAAAUGCUAGAAGAAAACGACAACAUUACGGAACUUAACAUUAGCGGUAACCUGAUUGGAUCAAGAGGAAUAGAAGCUUUCACAAAUUUACUUAAAAGAGGGCGGAAUCUCCAUAAACUAGAUAUUUCAGGUAGUGGUUUGGAAGAUUCUGAAGCAAAAGUAUUGGCAGACAUGAUAGAGGCAAAGUCUAAACUUGAGGAAUUAAAUGUUAGUCACAACGGAAUUAGCGAAAUCGGAGCCCUCGACAUUGGGCGUGCAAUAGCUAAGAACGAUAUUUUAAAAGAUUUGGAUAUGAGCUGGAAUCAUAUCAGAGGGAAUGGUGCAUUAGCAAUAGCCCUAGGUAUAAAGAAAAAUGUUGGUUUAAAGUAUUUGAACCUAGCAUGGAAUGGAUUUGGUAAUGUUGGUGCAGAGAAUCUAGGCCGGGCAUUAAUGAAUAAUAGAACAUUGUUAUCAUUAGACAUAUCAAACAAUCGAAUCGGAAUAGAUGGAGUAAAGGGACUUGUAAAAGGGCUUCAGCGAAAUGAAGGACUUAGAUCGAUAAAAAUGGGCCAAAAUCCUUAUACUGCAGAGGUUGCUAUGACCAUAUUGAGAGCAAUAGAGAACUCGGACAAGUGUGUGCUAACAAUGCUAGACAUUUCCGACAUUGUUGUUAGAUCAGAAUUUCUUGACAAAUGGGAUGAAGUGAAGCGCACACGGCAGCUACCACUAAGGAUUGUCUUUGGACCGGUCAUGCAGUCAACGGCCCCACCGAUAAUAGAUGAGGAAGUCAUUGACUGGAGAGACCCAGUAAUGCGCAUGUUCAAGUUUAUGCAUGACAAGGGUUAUCGAAUCAUUGACCUUUUGAAAAGAUUGGACAAAGACAGAAGUCUAAGCGUUGAUAGACAGGAAUUUAAAAUGGGACUAGUGGCUGAAAAGAUACCGAUGACUGAGCACCAGCUGGAUGAAGUUAUUAAACAACUAGAUACUGACAAAGACGGGGAAGUCGAUAUGGGAGAGUUGAUGCGUGGGGAGAAAGAAUUUCGGAAGAAAAUGAAAGCUCGCAUGAGAAAAAUGUUGACAACAAUGAAACCAGACACCGCAAUGAUGAAAUUGAUGGAAAUUAACGAACUAUGAAAAUUUAAAAAUAAACGUUACGCUGAAUGCACACAUUCAGUCUACACAUACAGUUACCAACGCGCGGCAUUUUUAGGACCAAAAGAAUUUUGUUUUCCUUUAUUUCAGUGGUAAUAUGCUCAAAGUGUAACUAUUUUGUAUCUUAGUUGUAAGAUCAAAUACACAAGAUCACAUGAUCAGGGGAAAUCCGACAUUUUAUCUUUGAUUUGACACAAGUAAUUAAACAUCAAUAAAACCUUAUUCGUAAAUAACUUACAUCAUAUAUACAUUUAUGUAGAAAUAUGUGAUUCAAGUGAAUUGAAUCAAAUCUGUCAAAGAUCCUAGGAGAGCACAGAACGCACACUAACCGAAACGUCUGACUUGCGCUCGAUAUUUUUGCCAAUAUCUAUCACAAUAUUAAUAGCACACGUACGAGUUUCUCAGACACAUAUACGAAUAUGUUGUUCUGUACAUACAAGUAUAAACAUUUCAACAAAAUUGAAUCGUG